GUUUAAUAACUGUUUUUCAAACAAAUAGACUAUUUAACUGUUUUUAAAAUUCAUUAAAAAUAAAAAUAUAACUGUUGUAAACAAUAUAUUAAAAAUUACGUAAACUAUAUACUACCUCCAUCGCCCAAAGUUUCAGACAAGAGAAGGUGACACGGUUAUUAAUAAAAGUGGGUUUAUUAUUAGUAAACAUCACAUCCUACAGUAUUUAAUCUCCGAUAGUUUACACUAUUUUUAUCACUAAAAGGGAAUAUGCUUUUUUAUUCUUAUUACUAAUUUUUACAAAUAUUAUAUUUAAUUCUCUCAUCAUCAUCAUCAUUACCCCCAGUGCCGCAAAGGUUCCCAUCUACGGUGGGGUAAGGGGGUCGGAUGUAUUGCUGGACUCGGGCCGGGCGGACCGAACCGGGCCCGACCCGGCCCGCUCACUGUUCUAACCGGCCCGACCCGGUCAACCGGGCCCUAGGCGGUUCGGGCCUACCCGGCCCGGGUGCAGGGCGGUCCGGGCUCGGGCCUCUAAUUUGUUGAACCGGCCCGGCCGGGCCGGGCCCGGUCCGGGCCUAACGGCUAAAUUUUUUAAAAAAAAAAAAAAUUCUUUUUCAAUUUUUUUUGGCCUUUGUAGCCGUUGGGGAGGCUCCAAACGGCUCUAUAGCCGUUGUAGAGGGGUGGGGGUGGGGGGUGGGGGGGGUGGGGGGUUGGGGGUGGGGGGAGAAAAAAAAACCUAUUUAUACUCCUAUUUUCUAUACAUUUUUUACACCUUCUCUACUCUCUAAUUCUCUAUUCUCUCAAUCUCUAAAAUCUUCAUUCAUCUCCAUCUUCAUCUUCUAUUCUUCUCCAAUUUAUCUCUACAUAUAUAUUAUUUAUAUAAAUAUUAUUAUAUCUACUUAUAUAUUUAUUAUCUACUUAUAUAUACAUAUAUUACAUUACUAAUAUUUAUUAUCUACUUAAUUUAUAUUUAUUAUCUUAUAAUUAGCUACUUUACGUAUAUAUAUAUAUAUAUAUAUAUAUAUAUAUAUAUAUAUAUAUAUUAUAUAACUUAUAUUCCUUAUCUACUUAAUCUCUUCUUAUUAUUAAUUUAUUAUAUCUACUUAUACAUUUAUUAUCUACUUAAUAGUUAAUAUAUAUUUAUUGUCUACUUAGUUAAUAUUUAUUCAUCAUCAACCAAUCGGCCAAUCCACCAAGGUACUCUUCUCUUCUUUUAUCCAUUAAUGGCGUUAUAUUCAAGUAGUUAAUUUGUUGCAUUAUUCAUUAAAGUGUACAAGUGGUAAAUUUAGACAUUGUAAUUAAAGUAUAAAACUAGUUAGUUUGUUGCAUUAUUCAUUAAAGUGUACAAGUGGUAAAUUUAGACAUUUUAAUUAAAGUAUAAAACUAGUUAAUUUAUUGCAUUAUUCAUUAAAGUGUACACCUAGUAAAUUUAGACAUUUUAAUUAAAGUAUAAAACUAGUUAAUUUAUUGCAUUAUUCAUUAAAGUGUACAAGUGGUAAAUUUAGACAUUUUAAUUAAAGUAUAAAACUAGUUAAUUUGUUGCAUUAUUCAUUAAAGUGUACAAGUGGUAAAUUUAGACAUUUUAAUUAAAGUAUAAAACUAGUUAAUUUGUUGCAUUAUUCAUUAAAGUGUACACCUAGUAAAUUUAGACAUUUUAAUUAAAGUAUAAAACUAGUUAAUUUGUUGCAUUAUUCAUUAAAGUGUACAAGUGGUAAAUUUAGACAUUUUAAUUAAAGUAUAAAACUAGUUAAUUUAUUGCAUUAUUCAUUAAAGUGUACACCUAGUAAAUUUAGACAUUUUAAUUAAAGUAUAAAACUAGUUAAUUUAUUGCAUUAUUCAUUAAAGUGUACAAGUGGUAAAUUUAGACAUUUUAAUUAAAGUAUAAAACUAGUUAAUUUGUUGCAUUAUUCAUUAAAGUGUACAAGUGGUAAAUUUAGACAUUUUAAUUAAAGUAUAAAACUAGUUAAUUUGUUGCAUUAUUCAUUAAAGUGUACACCUAGUAAAUUUAGACAUUUUAAUUAAAGUAUAAAACUAGUUGAUUUGUUGCAUUAUUCAUUAAAGUGUACAAGUGGUAAAUUUAGACAUUUUAAUUAAAGUAUAAAACUAGUUAAUUUGUUGCAUUAUUCAUUAAAGUGUACACCUAGUAAAUUUAGACAUUUUAAUUAAAGUAUAAAACUAGUUAAUUUGUUGCAUUAUUCAUUAAAGUGUACAAGUGGUAAAUUUAGACAUUUUAAUUAAAGUAUAAAACUAGUUAAUUUAUUGCAUUAUUCAUUAAAGUGUACACCUAGUAAAUUUAGACAUUUUAAUUAAAGUAUAAAACUAGUUAAUUUAUUGCAUUAUUCAUUAAAGUGUACAAGUGGUAAAUUUAGACAUUUUAAUUAAAGUAUAAAACUAGUUAAUUUGUUGCAUUAUUCAUUAAAGUGUACACCUAGUAAAUUUAGACAUUUUAAUUAAAGUAUAAAAGUAAUAAGACUAGUUAAAUUGUUGCAUUUGUCAUUUAAGUGUACACCUAGUAAAUUUAUACAUAUUAAAAUAUUUGAUAUACUUUUAUAUUUGUUAAGAUGGAGCGCGGUAGACAUUCUUUGGAUAUCGGAAAUCUCCAACGCAACCGAAAGAAGGAGAUUGCGAGAACUCAUCCUAGUUUGCGCAAAAAAAGCGGGCAGUCCGGAUCUUCUUCUCAAAGUGGAUGGGAGGACGAACCGGAAUACCAACGGCGAGAUGGCGAAAGAAUGUCCGACGAGCAACUACAACAACUAUUGGCUCAAAAUCCUCAAUUUUUCCAUCAACGAGACAUCCCGGUCCUCCCGGACGAUAUUCACACCAUUGACGAAGAAGAGCUCGAGGAUGACGAUCCGGAGGAGGACGCGGGGGGCGCCGGGAGUCACGGCACCCCGGAUGAGGAGCAAGCGGCGGACCACGAGGGUGACGAGGGUGGUUCAUCCCAAAUAGGUACGAAAUCUAAAUCUCCUAUUAUAGAAAAUAAUUUUAAAAAGUAUAAAGACCCAAGCACCGAGAAAUGGUACGCAAGUUGCAACCAUUGCGAUAAGGUGUACAGUUUGGGAACUUCGGGCGGAUACGGGAGCCUCAAAAGGCAUCUUAUGGGCAAGCACAAGGUGGAGUACGCAAAAAUUGAGAAAGGCAAGGGGAAGCAAACACAAAUAUCGAGGUUUGCAAACAAUCAACCUUAUGGUAAUUUCUCAUACAAUGAUCAACAAAAUUUGACUGGUAUGGCUAACUUUAUAGUUGAAGAAAAUUUACCUUAUUUGUUUUCUGAAAGUGUUUCUUUUAAAGAGUAUGCACAAACUUGUUUAAAUCCUCAAUUUCGAAGUUUUAGUCGAAAAAACGGUUAAAAAAGAAAUUAUAAGGCUUUAUAAGGCGGAAAAGUUGAACUUACAAAAUUUUUUUGCAAACUAUGAUGGACGUGUUACUGUUUGUUCUGACAUAUGGGAGGACACCUAUCAUAAUUUACAUUAUUUGGGUUUGACUGCACAUUAUGUUGAUGAUGAUUGGAAUAUGCAUAAACGUGUUCUUGCUUUUCGUGAAUUUAAUGAUCGUCACACCGCUGAACAUAUUUAUAUUUUGAUUGAGCGCAUUUUAAUUGAGUAUAAUUUGGUUAAUAAGGUGUUUGCUAUAGGUUUUGAUAAUGCUACUAAUAAUACUGCUGCUAUACCUAGAUUGCGUGAAUUGUGUGGUCCUACUACUUUGAUGGGUAGAUUUUUUCAUCAACGAUGUGCAUGCCAUAUAAUAAAUUUAUGUGUGCAGGAUGGUCUAAAAGCGUUGGGAGAUGCUAUGGAGGUAGCGAAGGGGGGGAUUAGACGUAUUUGGGCUAAUGGUCAACUUAAAUUAAAAUGGAAAAAUUAUUUGAAUGAAAGAAAUGUGAAAUAUGUUGCUUUUCCUAAAGAUUUGUCUAUUCGGUGGAAUAGUUCUUAUAAAUUAAUUAGAGUUCUUAUUAGAUAUAAAGAACAUUUUCCUGCUUUUUUAAAAGAAUAUGAUAACUACAUUUUAAACUCUGCUCACAUCGACACUUGCGAAAAAAUUUGUAAUGUUUUGAUAUUUUUUAAUAAUGCAACUGAAAGUUUUAGUCAUGUUUAUAAACCUACUUCAAACGAAUUUAUGCGUGAACUUGUUAAUCUCGCCGGUGCUUUUAAUGAAUUUCAAAAUGCCGAUUAUGUGAGCUAUUUUUGUACUUUUAUGAAGGAAAAGUUUUUAAAAUAUUAUUCACAUAUUCCACAUAUUUAUGGUAUUGCUUUUAUUCUCGAUCCUCGUUAUCGACUUAGUAAUUUGGAACAAUGUUACAAGUUCUAUUAUCAAUCUUUUUAUGGUGAUUUUCCAAUGUAUGAAGAUAACCCUAUAGAUCCGCAAUCUGAAUACAACGAGGUUAGUAGUUUAUUUUAUUCUUUAUUUAAUGAGUUUCGUGCACAAUAUGGCAACAUGCCCCCUCCCCCAACCCAAACAUCUUCAUCUAAAGGAAAAGGUCUUUUUAAAUCUGCAUUUGGCAAUCUUAUGAAAAAAGCUAAAACAACGCACACUACUGAACAAAGCACAAUUAAUGAGAUUGCUUUGUAUAUUAACUAUGAGGUUGAGUUUGUAGAAAAUGAAGAUUUUGACGUCCUAAAGUGGUGGAAGUCAAAAGAAAGAACGUUCCCGAUUUUGGCAUGGAUGGCUAAGCAAGUACUAUCAAUGCCGGUUUCAACAGUUGCCGUGGAACAAGAAUUUAGUUCGGCCGGCAACGUCCUAACUAAAUCGAGAACGUGUUUGAGUGCCGAAUCUCUUGAGACACUUAUAUGCUACCACGAUUGGUUGAAGGCAAGACGUAGAACUCAAGAACUUAGUCUCAUCCCCUCCCAAGACUUUAUGGAUGAAUCAACCGAUGGUGGUUCUACCUAUGCCGGGGAUUCCGAUUGAUUAGUAUUUUACAAUUUCUUAUUUUAUCCUCAAUUCUCUAUUGUAAUUUGUGAACUUGUAGAUUUGUAGUUCAUAUUUCAAAUCAAUAAAAGUUAAAUUUUUUUAUAUGUCGCAUUUUUUAAUUAUAUUAUAUUAUUAUUACUUAAUAGAAAAUGUAUUAGAAUUAAUUGUUCUCAAUUCUCAAAAUGUACUUAUUACUUA